AACUGAUGAGCGUUGCCCCAAGUGUGCUCAUCCUCGAGCUUACUUCAUGCAGAUUCAGACGCGAUCCGCAGAUGAGCCGAUGACAACGUUCUACAAGUGUUGUAACCAUGAAUGUGCCCACCGCUGGCGUGACUAAUAUUGGUUUCAGGCUAAGUAGGAUGGCUAAAAUGCGCCUUUCUACAGUGGUACCUGUCGGAGAAAGUGGCAAAGCUCAAGCUACAGCUGUCGAUAUGGCAAGCCGUCUUCUGAUGGAGGGAAAUAUCAUUGCCCUCCCUACUGACACUAUUUAUGGACUAGCAGCUUGUGCUCAGAAUACAACUGCUGUUCGGAAACUUUACGGGGUCAAGGGAAGAGACUCUGCCAAACCCUUAGCAAUGUGUGUUGGAGAGGUGGAGGAUGUACGUUUGUGGAGCAAAGCAGACAUUUUGCCAGAUGGCCUUCUCAAGGCUCUCCUUCCAGGACCAGUCACUGUCAUUUUGGAACGGUCCCCUCUCCUAAACAGAGAACUCAAUCCCAAUUGUUCAAAGGUUGGAAUCAGAGUUCCUGAUCACCCAUUUGUGCGAAAAUUAGCUCAAAAUGUUUCAUCUCCACUAGCUCUAACAAGUGCAAAUUUAAGUAACGAGCCAAGCUCCCUCAAUGUGAGGGAAUUUGAAAAUCUUUGGCCACAGCUUGGUGCUGUCUUUGACGGUGGAUCUCUAGGAAAUGCUCAGUCAACCAGCUCUCGAGCUGGUUCAACAGUAGUAGAUUUGAGUAAUGAAGGCAAGUAUCACAUUGUGAGGAAUGGUAUUGCUCCGUUGCAUACAGUAGAAAUACUUCAUCAGUUUGGGCUGGAACCGUUUUGUAACCUUCAGAACACCACAAUUCAGUAAUGUUAUGUUAACUAGAUUUGCUGAUUAAAUCUUUCAUAAAAAAAGGAAAAAACUGAUAGUGGAGGUAAUUUAUCCUAUGGUAGACUUUAAUAUUUGAUUAAGAAUGAUGCAGAAGCUUCUUCAUACAUUCUCCAAAUUAUCUUCUAUUCUCUUGGCUUUUUCAUCACUUUCUAUUUUCUGAACCAUUUCAGAUUUCUCUUCCAAUGUAAGCACGUCUCUUGCAGCUAAAUCAUUUGCUCUUUUGUCUUGACUGAAGGGGUUGGGAAAAAUAAAAGAAUGUCAAAGAAUAUUGAAAUUCUUAAACAAGAUGGUUAAAUGGUAAAAUAUCAAAAUAUUAAAUCAAAUGAAUUAAUACAAACCUCUCUCUGUGUAUAUAAAGUGAAUAUUGUGCAUGUCUCACUUCGGUCAUAGAGCAGCCAGUUAAAUACAAGAUAGUUUUGGAUACCACACCAGCUGAGGCACCAAACCCAAGACCUAGAAAUGCAUUGAUAGUAGUUACCAACUUCACAGUCCACUUGAUGAAUUACCAAAUAAAUUCAAGUCAACGCACCUAAAAUGCCACCAACAAUAGUCUGACGGAGUCCUAUAAACAUUCUGUAAGAUGCUCCAGCAACAGCACCACCAAUAGCAUACUCUAAUAUACCAUCUUUAUUUCGAUAAAGUGCAAUUGAAUUUGAAACCCCACUGUGAAAAAAAAUUGUUAGAAAACAAA